GCCAUUCCCGUGAGUGACGCAGCUCGCCGACGAACCGUCUUUUAACUGAUUAAAACCAUGUGUUUUCAUAUAUGAAUUUGACUAAAUGUAUUGUAGAGCGGUUAGGAGUUGUGUGAACCCAAAGCCCGCGUCUCGCUCGUGACUGACGGUAAGUUUGACCGCUUUAAUCAGUCCGUCAGAUGGAGUUGUUCUGUCACGAGCUUGUCGAGACGGACUCGAGCUGCAGACCGGUUCGGGCGUUCAGAGACGCGGUUCUGACCCGAGACUCGCGCGUCUGUCAGAACCUGCUGAGCUCGGAGAGACCGAGCAUCAAACCCGGUACCGAGCCGACCGACGAGCAGCGCUACGUGCGCCCAAUCCUAACGGGAUGGAUGCUGCAGGUGUGUGAGGAUCAGAAGUGUGAGGAGGAGGUGUUUCCUCUGGCCGUUCAUUACCUGGACAGGCACAUGUCCCAGAAUGCCGUGCUCAGGUGCCGUCUGCAGCUGCUGGGAUGCGUCUGCAUGUUCCUGGCCUCCAAACUCAGGGAAUCGGUUCCUCUGAGCGCCGCCAAGCUGUGCGUCUACACCGACCACGCCGUCACCGUCCCAGAGAUCCUGCAGUGGGAGGUGCUGCUGGUGUCGCGUCUGGACUGGGAUCUGGCUGCGGUUCUGCCGUCUGAUUUCUUGGAGCCACUGCUGCAGACGCUGCCGCUGAGCGCCGAGGACACGGCAUCGGUCCGGAGACACGUGCUCUCCUACAUCGCGCUGAGCUCCACAGAGCUGAAGUUCUCGGUCUUCGCUCCGUCUGCGGUGGCCUGCUCGUGUGUGACGGCAGCCGUGAUCAGACUGGAUGUCCUAAAGAACGAAUACGGCCCCGACGGCCUGCUGCAGCUGCUGAGAGACGUCCUGGACACGGACAUGGUGUCCCUGCGCUCCUGUUUCUCGUCGCUGGAGGAGACCAUCAAUCAGAUGCUGCCGUCUCCACCCGAGCAGGUCCUCCCGCUCUGACAGCUGGAUGCAUCAAACCCUCUCCAGCCAAUGGAUUCUAGUGUUUUCCCGCUUAUUGUUGACGGUUCCGGUACAUUAGCGUUUGUUGGCGAUGUUCGCAUUAGUUUUAACAUCGCAGACGUUCUGCACCCAAGCAAAUAUUUGCAUUGUCAGGAAACCUUCGCCCUGUCAAACACACACACUGCAUGAUUUCACACGACAUUUAUUUAAUGCGCUGCUCUUAGACUCGAAUGUAUGUUAUUGAUAGACUCCUUUUCAAUUUUAAAGACAUGUAUGUGUGAAAAUAAACAGCAUUGAUGUGGAUGGUGAAUGGUUUCAAUGUGCUGGUUUAAGCAGAAAUGCCCUGACCCUGAAGUCAAAAGAUCAACAGAAUGGUUUUGCAUUAAGAAAUUGAGCCUGUUCUUCAUCAUGCGAUUCUUUUUAAGAUUAGAUUUUAAUUAAAACUAGCAUAAAUUAAAUUCUGAACCACAAACACUACCAUGAUAUAUACUGGCAUGACAUUGUUCCAUACUAUUUGCCUUAAUUACUUUCAAAUUCAUUAACACUUAAAUUAUGAAAGCUGCAACACAGUUCUCACAUACUAUCGAGUAUAAAUGUGAUUUAGGGUUAUCCAGGAGACCGUGAUGGGUACAGAAGAACCGACAGCCAGAGAGUCAGUUUUAUUGUUCCACUGAGUCAAAGAGACACCAGGGCAGAUAAAUCAGGCACUUUGGCAAAUAAACAUGCAUGAACUCGAACAAAAUAUAACACCAAACAGAAGAACAACACCUCACUACCUGGGUUAUCUCAAACCGUGACACUCUUACAAAUACUGUAUGAAGAGUUUAGAUUUACUGAUGAAGCCCAAACACCCCGCUAUGACACCAAAACACCAUUCCAUCCCAUUCCUAAAUAGUUGUAACCACACAAUUGUUAACAUCCAGUAAAUCUCACCAUUUCAACACGUUUCUCGAAGACAGAAUGUUCAGAAGUGCUUUUAGUUUCAUCUUAUUCUGAAAGGUCACGUUGUAUUUUACCAUCCUAAUAAACUGCGACAUGGAAGCAGUUCAUACACUCCUAUCUGCACGAUUCUUAUCAUGAAACAGACGCAAAACUAAAGUCUGGACUACAUACAGUCAUAAACAGACAGUAGUUUAUUGUAUCCGUGCACCUGUGAACUCUGAGCAGAUAAUAGCAUGUUUUAAAAGUCAGAAAUUGGCGGGAACGAUCUACACUUUAGUCAGUCUUUGCACUGUGAGUUUUUGCAGUAUC